CCUGUCAUCUUUUAUGCGAAACACAAAAUUCUAACCCUAAAAAAACCGACGGUCUCAAUUUGUUGGUCAUCCUCAAAUAGUUUUUGCAAAUAUUUUUAAACGGCUUCAUUAAAUACUGUAUUUGCCAUAUUUUAUUUAAAAAUCUAACAAAAAUGUCCAUCCUAGCAUACAAUGGAGGUUGCGUUGUCGCUAUGCGUGGUAAAGAUUGUGUAGCAAUUGCUACUGACCGUCGUUUUGGUGUCCAAGCACAGACCAUAGAAACUGAUUUCGAGAAAGUAUUCCAAAUCAAUCCACGUAUGUAUCUUGGUUUGGUAGGACUCCAAACGGAUAUCUUAACUGUUAAAGACCGUCUGGCGUUUCGUAAGAAUCUCUAUGAAUUCCGUGAGAAUCGUGAAAUGGUACCGAAACGUUUCUCGGCUAUGCUGUCGAGUUUUCUUUAUGAACAUCGUUUUGGACCUUACUUCAUUGAACCAGUUAUUGCGGGUUUAGACCCAAAGACUUUGGAGCCAUUUAUAUGCAAUAUGGAUCUAAUUGGAUGUCCUAACGAACCAGAUGAUUUCGUUGUGGCCGGGACUUGUGGCGAGCAGUUGUAUGGAAUGUGUGAAACAUUAUGGAAACCCGAUCUGGAACCGGACCAACUAUUUGAGGUAAUCUCCCAGGCAAUGAUCAACGCAUUCGACCGCGACGCCAUAAGUGGUUGGGGUGCAACUGUAUACAUAAUCGAGAAGGACAAGACCACCAUCAAAACAUUGAAAACUAGAAUGGAUUAGAGGAGAAGGCUAUUAAAGUCUUGCAUUUUUCUAUUUUCUAAAAUAAAAUAAAAUUCCAACAAUGUUUGUUUAUUCUUGUGGGAUAAGUGGAAAAUCGUUUUUAUUAAUAAAUAUUUCUUCGGAUAAAUAAUAAUUA